UUUUUUUUUUUUUUUUAUACAUAUACCUUCUCCAUGUCUUCAAGUGUGGGUCCUAAUUGUACAGAACUUAAGCAAAAGUAUGACAACUGUUUUAAUAAAUGGUAUUCAGAAAAGUUUUUAAAAGGUGAUACCACACCCGAAUGUGAGGAUCUUUUUAAAGAUUAUAGAGCUUGUGUCAUGCAAACCUUAAAGGAAAAAGGCAUUGACCGAUUACUAGAUGAUUCUCGUAAAGAAGCGCCUUUUCCUUCUGCUGCUGAAAAGGGGGAAUCAAAUUCAGAAAAGGCUACUUAAAUUAGCUAUUUAUAAAUAAAAUAAAUUUAUUUACAUUGUACUAUAUUCAAAAUCAUAGUAUUCAUAUAAACCUUUAUAAUUCUUGCUGAAAUAAACAAAAGUACAUAAUAAUCGUUAUGCAGUUUUGACAGGAAAAGUGGGUAGUAUUAUUGUGACUGUUCCGCUAUAUAGAAACAUAUUUUGUUGUCUCUGUAACAAUUCCUUUUUUUUUUUUCCUGUAAUUUAUAA